AAGAAAAUUUAAAUUAACGAUAUCAAAAAAUAAAGUGAUAUUUUCUAUGAUUGGCGCUCACAAAGCAUCAUCUCAUACGUUUGAAGAUGUAAAACAUAUAAGGAAAUCACUUUUAGCUUGGUACAGAUCAAAUGCUCGUAUACUUCCUUGGAGAAAACCUUAUGUUAACCCUCCAACUAUAUCUAUGUCUAGUAAAGAACGCACAAUUUCGCUUCAAAGAGCAUAUGAAGUCUUAGUAUCGGAAAUGAUGUUACAGCAAACACAGGUAGUAACUGUUGUUCCAUAUUUUGAACGCUGGAUGAAGAAAUUUCCUACAUGGGACGUCUUAGAAACAGCAGAUCUAGAAGAAGUUCAAAAUAUAUGGGCAGGAUUAGGAUAUUACGCACGAGCACGACGUAUGAAAGAGGCAGCAAUGUAUUUUAUGGAAUUGGAAAGACGAUCAGAAACAAUUCCAACAGAUGUUGCAACUUGGGUUAAAAAUGUUCCAGGUUGUGGUGAAUAUACAGCAGGAGCAGUUUUAUCAGUAGCAUGGAAUAUACGAUGUCCUAUAGUAGAUGGAAAUGUUAUACGUGUCUUAACACGUUUACGUGCAGUUGGAGCGGAUUGUCAUAAAGGUAUAGGCAAAAAAUGGGUUUGGGAUUCGGCGGAUCAAUUGGUAGAUAAUGAGUAUCCUGGAGACUUUAAUCAGGCACUAAUGGAACUUGGUGCAACGGUAUGUACACCUGUUAAUCCAAAUUGUGAUAUAUGUCCUUUAAAUAUGGAUUGUUUAGCUUUAAAAGAGGCAAAAAAUGUUUUAAAGAAAAACAUUAUUAAUAGUAAUAAUGAAGAACAUGAUUGUAAUUUAUGCCCUAUUGAAGAACUUGGACAGUUUAUUUCAAUAAAAACAUAUAUCAGCUCAAAAUAUCCAAGAAAAGCAAUAAAAAAAAAGACAAAACUUCAAGAAAAUAUAGUUUUUGUAUUUUUAAGAGAAAAAAAUAUGUUAAAAGAAUAUUAUUUAGAAAAAAGACCUCCCAAGGGUCUAUUAGCAGGACUUUGGGACUUUAAAACAUUGCCCAUUGAUAUAGAACAAAAAUAUGAAAUACAGGAUGCAGAAAACCAUGCAAAAACAAUAGUAUCUGGUGAUAUUAUUGGAGUAUGGAAAAAAGGUGAUACGUUACAUCAAUUCACGCACAUUAGACAAAUUUCAUAUGUUUAUCUUGUAGUGAUAGAUAUUAAUGCAGAGAUUCGUGGUAAAGGCACUUGGAUGACAGAAGAAAUUAUGAAAAACCAAAGUAUACCAGAAUUAACAUGGAAAAAUUUCAGACAAGCUGCAAAUAAUGAGAAAAAAAUCCCAAAUAAAACUAAGAAAACAAACAAGAGAUUAAAAGUCAAUGAUGGUAAAUGGAAACAAACAUCCCUCUCUUUUUAAAGUAAAUAUGCAAAUCUAAUAUAUUAUUUAUAUAUAACACGGGUUUUUUUGGCUUCGACUAUUCCAGUUAAUAUUUUGUAUAGCAACUUCCAUAGAUAUCUUAAUUUUUGAGAAUAUUGACUUGAUCAUUCCGAUUCGUUUAUAUUUGUCGCUUCGCAUAUAAUUUAUACUUGAUCCAGAUGAUAUAUAAUCUAUUCAUAAAAAUAUUAGGAAAAUAAAUUAUCAAAAAUAAAAAUAUAAAAACCAUUGGAUGUUAUAGGAAGAACAUUAUCUCCUGCUGGUAAAGAAACAAAUAAUGAAAAUGGUAUAAGCCAGAUACAAAUAGCAAAAAAUGAUGCGAUUUGACCAAGUGUAUAAUCCUUAGUAUCUUUCUUAUGUGUAUAUACAAAAGGAUAGGUUAAUAAUAAACUGAAAUACGAUCUAAAAUGCCAAAUCCAUAAUAAAUGGUUUAAAACUGUAAAAACUAUAGAAAUAAUAAUUUAAAAAAAAUAUUAUAAAUAAAAUAUAUACUUAUAGCCGUUAUAAAUUGAUAUGAAGAUACAGAAAUACAUGGAAAUGACCGUAGAUUUAUAAAAUAAAUAAUAUGUGAUAAAAUAGAAAAUAUUAUAGAAAAAAAUGGAAAUCCAUCAACAAUAAGAAGAAUUAAGUGCAGAAAAAUAACAAUCUAUAAUUAAUAAGACCUAUCUUUUCAAUUAUACCAUGAUUUCCUACAUAAAUUAGGCGUUUU